AACGCCUGUUGCCCGCCGAUCUGACCGGCCAUUCUUCUCACCGGUACACCGCGCAUCAGAAAUCUUGAGCUGAUCUCAAACUAGGAGGCGCCUCCGCCCUCCUAACGAAGCUCUCCGAGCUUAUAAAAGUGGUAGUCUAGAGAAACCCUUUCAGGAAACGUCUUGAUCAAGAUUACAAGUUUAAGAUGAGCGGCUCCCGUCGCCCUAAAUUUGGUGCCAGUUCUUUAUUCCUCAACAAAUGAGAAAAACGUGCUGACUGAAGAACUAGUGAGAAUGGGAUACACAAAGACUCAGUUGCUGGCUUACCUCAAGAAACUACAAAUUGACUUUGCCACCUAUGAGCAUCCUGUUGUAUUGACAGUUGAAGCACAGGCUAAAUAUGUUGGAUACUUGAGAGGUAGUCUCAGCAAGAACUUGCUGUUAAAGGACAAGAAACACAGAUACUAUGUAAUCUCAGCUUUGGCAGGAACUAAUGUUGAUCUAAAAGUUAUGUCCCAGCGCCUUGGCCUAGGGAAAGGAGGCUUAAGAAUGGCUCCUGAAGAAGCUUUGCAGGAAAUACUUCAGGUACCGCUGGGAUGUGUUACUCCAUUCGCAUUGAUUAAUGAUUCUGCAAGAGCUGUUUCACUGCUGUUGGAUCAAGCAUUUAAAGCUCAGGAGUGCUGCUUUUUCCAUCCAUUAUCAAAUGACACAACAAUUUCUCUCAGUGCAAGUAACCUUGACAAGUUUCUGAUGUCUAUCGGAAGAAACCCGUCUUACGUAGACUUUGAGGCUGAAACCGUGGUAGGAAAGGACAAUCCUCCAGAUCUUGCUGCUUUUGUACCAGUAGACGCAUCACAACCUUCUGAACAAACAAAUAAAGCAGCAGUUAAUGUUCGUGAGCAAAAGCAUGCACCUUCGGAGAAAAAGCUGACUAAUUUUCAGGAAGAUGAUAACCAGUCUAGAGUAUCCCAAAAAGCAAUGGGGAAGCCUUGCAAAACUGCUGAUCUCCUAGCCGAGGCAACUGAUGUCAAUAAAUUCAUCAAAGAACUGAUAGAGAAAACAUCUUUGGCUGUUUUGUCUGAGAUGUCCAAGGAUUCAAAAGCUGAGGUUAGAGAGCCUCUUGAAUCAGCAGUGCUGGACAGGGUCAAUAAGCGGAUCUCCUCUGAUCUAGAAAACUUAGCUAUGAUCUUAAAGAAUGCAGCAUAUACGCAAGGGUUCCAAGCCGGAAUUCAGAGUCGUUCGCCGAGCAGAUAGCUUCUAUUCCGCAGCCUUCACAACUGGAGCUAUGAUUGUGAAACAAGUAAUGCAUUAAAAUUUUAUAAUUUAUAUAAUCUUUAAUUCACACCUUUGAUUUUUCUUCAUUUUCAUAGAUAUUCUAAUCAAAAUGUUGAUCAUCAUGAGUCUUAAAAAUUUUAUUUUAUUUUUAAAUAAAUGUAAUAUAUAAAUAAUUAAUAUUCUAUAGAUAAUUUAUAGAUGGGGACAUUUGAUAAUUGUAACUC